AUGGCACCAAUAGCACUCACGUUAUGUUUCAUAUCUGUAGCAAGCUUAGUUUUAUCUCUGUCCCAGCUUGCGUUGCUGGGAAAGCCAUCCGUUCAGCUUCCCCUGCAUGCUGAGCAGAUACUGCAGAAAUGCCACAUGCUACACGCAAAGCCUGGCCCACCUUCCGACUUUCGUCAACGCACCGAGUCAGAUCGUUUUGUCGAAGGAACUCAUGCGACUCUGAUUAGAAACGCGUCCAUUUGGACUGGCGAUCAGGAGAUCACGCAGGGGGAUAUUUUUCUCGACAAGGGUAUCAUCAAAUUUAUUGGGCAUGCAAGCCCAGGUAUGUUCAAUAAGUUUAGGGAUUUGAUUACGUUGGACGCAGGUGGAAGUUGGGUCACGCCUGGGAUAGUCGACCUUCAUUCCCACCUAGGCGUCGACAGUGUCCCAGCUCUACAUGGCGCAGCUGAUACCAAUUCAUUCAAGGGUCCUGUCUUACCCUGGCUCCGCAGCCUCGAUGGGCUCAAUACCCACGACGAUGCCUACAGGCUCAGCAUAUCCGGUGGCGUAACUACUGCAAAUGUUCUCCCUGGCUCUGCUAAUGCCAUUGGUGGCCAGGCCUUCGUUAUCAAACUUCGUCCCACUGCAGAACGUUCUCCCUCAUCUAUGCUCUUGGAACCACCAUAUGCUCUUAAUGGCACGCAUGUUGAUCCGACCUUGCCUCCACGAUGGAGACAAAUGAAACACGCGUGCGGCGAGAAUCCCAGUCGUGUAUACGGUAACACGCGUAUGGACACUUUCUGGGCUUUCCGACAGGCAUAUGACACUGCUCGGCAGAUUAAAGAACAGCAGGAUGCGUAUUGCACUCGUGCGCUAGCAGGUGAAUGGGAAGACCUCGGUGAGUUCCCGGACAACCUACAGUGGGAAGCGCUUGUAGAUGUAUUGCGUGGGCGUGUCAAGAUUCACACGCAUUGCUAUGAGACAGUUGAUCUGGAUGACUUUAUCCGCCUUACCAACGAAUUCCAAUUUCCUAUCGCUGCGUUCCACCAUGCUCACGAGACAUACCUCGUCCCCGGAACUCUCAAGCAGGCGUAUGGUACAAUCCCUGCGGCAGCCUUGUUCGCUACGAAUGCUCGGUAUAAGCGUGAGGCAUACCGUGGGUCGGAAUUCGCCCCGCGUAUUCUGGCCGAGAACGGGAUUGACGUCGUAAUGAAGAGUGAUCAUCCUGUCCUCAACUCUCGCUUCUUGUUAUAUGAGGCGCAGCAAGCGUACUUGUAUGGCCUUCCGGCGAAUCUUGCUCUUGCAUCUGUGACAUCGACGCCCGCGCGCAUCAUGGGGCAGGACCAUCGGAUUGGGUUCGUGCGUGAAGGAUAUGACGCUGAUCUUGUCCUUUGGGAUAGCCACCCUCUCGCGCUAGGUGCAACGCCGCAACAAGUCUGGAUUGACGGCAUCCCCCAACUUUCGGAGCCCGCAGUCGCUUCCAAACCCGUGUCGUUCCAACAGGUCCCACGCACACCAAACUUCGAUCUCGAGGCUGCCGCGGCCAUCAAGUAUGAAGGACUCCCACCCCUGAUGCCCAGGAAGGCAAAAGAUUUAGUGGUAUUUGCGAAUGUCAGUAGCAUGUAUAUGCCAGAUGGAAUGGGUGGUGUGAUGAGUGUGGCUGAUGUAGGAGAGCGGGGUGUGGUAGCCCUCAGAAAGGGUGUGGUGCAAUGCUGGGGUGCUGCAGCUGCUUGUGCGAGCGAAUUUGCCUCGCAAGAUGCUGAAUGGAUCGACCUUGAGGGUGGGUCAAUUGCUCCUGGAUUGAUCUCCUACGGCUCCCCACUUGGUUUGGAGGAGAUUCAGGGCGAGAGCUCUACUCACGACGGCACUGUUUUCGACCCUCUCACCGGCUCUAUCCCAAGCAUUCUUGCGGGAGGCGAGCUCAUUAAGGCUUCAGAUGGUCUCCAGUUUACUGGGCGCGACACGCUCCUCGCCUACCGCGCAGGUGUCACUGCAGGUGUUACCGCUCCAAGCACAGAUGGGCUUAUCGCGGGACUGAGCACGGCAUUUAGCACUGGCGCAGCGCACAGACUUGAGGACGGAGCUGUCAUCCAAGAUGUCGCGGCACUGCAUGUACAAAUUGGACACUCAAACCGAGGUCCAAGUGUCAGUACGCAAAUCGCAGCGCUAAGGAAUAUGCUGCUGGGUGAUAAGAGCAGUACCACGCUUGCUGACGUUGCAAAGGGCGCUAUCCCCCUGGUUGUGCAAGUCCAAAACGCGGAUAUCAUCGCCUCGCUUAUUGAGCUGAAGAAAGAUAUCCGCACGCGCACCGGGACUGAUAUUCAGCUCACUAUCUCGGGUGGUGCUGAGGCCCAUCUUCUUGCCAAGGAACUAGGUGAGGCGGGCGUUGGUGUCAUCCUCACACCAUCCCGUCCCUUCCCUGAUGUCUGGGAGUCAAAGAGGAUAAUACCUGGACCGCCGUUGACCAAUGAGAGUGCUAUUACCACCCUCCUAACUUAUGGUGUUACUGUUGGUAUCGGUAUCGUGGAGCAGUGGAGUGCUCGUAACACGCGCUUUGACGUAGCAUGGGCUGCUCUUGAAAGCUUUGACAGGAUCUCAAAGGAACAAGCUCUUGCACUUGCUUCAGUCAAUCUUGAGAAGUUAUUGGGAGUCAAGCCCUCUGGAGGGCUCGGCGAUAUGGUUGUAACUCGUGGCGGCACAGUCCUCGACUCCGAAGCGAAAGUCAUCGGCAUCAUCUCAGCUCGUAGAGGCAUCAUCGACCUAAUCUAG